UAAAUCUAGUGUAACAGUUUAGAAGAAAGAAGAGUGUACACACUAAAAUCUAAAUUAAGAAAGAGGAGAGAGAAAAUAGUCACAACUCAACUAAGAUUAGCUUCCUUUACAUCCUCUGACAAAGGGAACGAAGAAUAAAUGGGAGCUUCAAAUUCAGUUUCGGAAAAAUCCAUCUUUGAAUUCACUGUUAAGGAUGCCAAGGGAAGAGAUGUGAGCCUCAGCACUUACAAGGGCAAAGUUCUUCUUGUAGUCAACGUCGCUUCAAAAUGUGGAUUCACGGACACCAAUUACACCCAGUUAACUGAGCUUUACAGCAAAUACAAGGAUAAAGGUCUAGAGAUACUGGCAUUUCCAUGCAACCAAUUUUUGAAGCAAGAGCCUGGGUCUAGUGAAGAUGCAGAGCAAUUUGCCUGUACAAGAUACAAGGCUGAAUAUCCCAUUUUCGGAAAGGUCCGCGUGAAUGGAUCAAGUGCAGCACCUGUCUUCAAAUUUCUUAAGUCCCGUAAAUCUGGAUUUCUGGGGUCUAGGAUAAAGUGGAAUUUCACUAAGUUUUUGAUUGAUAAGGAAGGGGAUGUCAUCCAGCGAUACGGUCCAACCACUGAACCAUUGGCAAUUGAAGAUGAGAUCAAGAAGGCAUUGGGGGAGGCCUGAAACUCUUUGGAGUUAUUUUAAAAUUGAUUGUGUUGAAGAUAAGUGAAACAGGAAGAAUGUAUAUUUAGUAGAUGGUGUUUCUUCUAGUGUUUAUUGAUCACAUAUUUCAUGUCUAGGGUCUUCUCUGUGUUAUAUUGUUUGUUGUAUUAAAAAAAGAACUUUAGGCCUUGUGGUAUAAUUUGUUAUUUUAAGAGUUGAUUGAUGAGAAUGUACCAGAAAAAACAGUAGUUGAUUGAUGGAAUUUGCCUUUAGUUAUUUGUUUCUGUAAACAUGUAAGAAAAUGUGAAUUAUUUUGGGCAGGAAAUUAUGUAAUGAUUUGUUUAUUACUUUA